GCAGGGGAGCGGGGCACCGCAACUUGGGCAGGAUGAGCGCGGAGAAGCAGGACGUGCUGCUGGACCUGGAGGGCGAGGAGGAGGAGGAGGAUGAUGACAAUGAUGACGGGGAGAUCGUCUUGGAACUGAGCCAGGUGAUUAUUCCUACUUACGGAACUGUGCCGGACCAGCAAAACCUUCAUACUCCUGAAUGGGUGGAUUUUGAGGAUAAGCCUGACUCCUUGUUCUUCAAAGAUGGGCAGAGAAGAAUUGACUUUGUUUUGGUGUAUGAAGAUGAAGGUAAAAAAAUGACUCAUAAGAGGAGUGAUCGUAAAAAGCAAAAGAGGAAGAGACAAGUGUAUGAAUCAAACCUGAUAAACAAUGGCUUGCAACUAGAAGCGACGAGGUCGGUUUUGGAUGAGAAGCUGAUUUUUGUGAAAGUGCAUGCCCCUUGGGAAGUGCUGUGCACGUACGCCGAGGUUAUGCACAUCAAAUUGCCUCUGCAACACAAUGACCUGAAAACCCGAGACUCAGCUUUCAACUGGUUCAGUAGACUCUUCAGGGUGGAUGAAAAUAUCAUCAAACCUGAGCAAGAGUUUUUCACUGCCCCUUUUCAAAAGGAACAUUUGUCCAACUUCUAUAUCCAAGACAAAGACACAUUUUUCAAUCCUGCAACUAGAAGCCGAAUUGUUCAUUUUAUCCUGUCCCGUGUGGAAUAUGCAACAAAAAAUAAUGUGAAAAAGUUUGGCAUUAACAAAUUACUGGACACUGGAAUCUACAAAGCAGCAUUUCCCCUUCAUGAUUCAAGUUUUAGGCACCUGUCAAUGGAUCCCAACUGCCCGAGUGAACGGUAUCUCCUCUACAGAGAAUGGGCUCAUCCUAAAAACAUUUUCAAACUGCAACCCCUGGAUUUCAUCAGGAAAUACUAUGGAGAGAAAAUUGGCAUCUACUUUGCAUGGCUGGGCUUUUACACCAAUAUGCUGACUGUGGCUGCAGUUGUAGGAGUUGGCUGUUUCCUGUAUGGAUGCCUGACAAAGGACAACUGCACAUGGAGCCAAGAAGUAUGUGACCCCAACAUAGGAGGUAAUAUCAUAAUGUGCCCCCAGUGUGAUAAAGUAUGUACCUACUGGAACCUCACCAUCACGUGUGAAUCAUCCAAGAAACUCUGUAUAUUUGAUAGCUUUGGAACACUGGUGUUUGCAGUAUUUAUGGGAAUAUGGGUUACUUUUUUCUUGGAGUUCUGGAAGCGACGGCAGGCUGAACUGGAGUAUGAGUGGGACACAGUUGAGUACUUAGAGCAAGAAGAGCAAGUUCGCCCAGAAUACGAGGCUCGCUGCACUCACGUAGUGAUGAAUGAAAUCACACAGCAAGAAGAAUACGUGCCAUACACUGCAUGUGGGAAGUGCGUACGGAUGACUUUCUGUACAAGCGCCAUCUUCUUCUGGAUCCUUUUGAUUAUUGCUUCAGUUGUUGGAAUCAUUGUCUACAGGCUCUCAGUUUUCCUGGUGUUCUCUGCAAAGUUGUCACAGCACAUCAGUGGAACGGAGGCGAUCCGCAAGUACCUGACUCCGCAGACAGCCACGUCAGUAACUGCUUCACUCAUCAGCUUCGUUGUCAUUAUGAUUCUCAACAUCAUCUAUGAAAAAGUGGCAAUCCUGAUCACUGACUUCGAACUUCCGAGGACACAGACUGAUUAUGAAAACAGUCUGACCACAAAGAUGUUCUUGUUCCAGUUUGUCAACUACUAUUCUUCAUGCUUCUACAUAGCCUUCUUUAAGGGUAAAUUUGUGGGUCACCCUGGAAGUCCAGUUUAUUGGCUAGGAAAGUAUCGCAAUGAAGAGUGUGAUCCAGGUGGAUGUCUCCUCGAGCUCACAACCCAGCUUGCCAUCAUAGUAGGAGGGAAAGCUAUCUGGAACAACAUCCAAGAAGUGCUUCUUCCUUUGGUCAAGAAUCUAAUUGGAAGAUACUCUGCAGCUGCUAGAUCAGAAAAAGUUGUUCCACGUUGGGAACACGACUACCACCUCCAACCCAUUGGAAAACUUGGGCUAUUUUAUGAGUAUCUUGAAAUGGUUAUACAGUUUGGCUUUGUGACCCUGUUUGUGGCCUCGUUCCCCCUGGCUCCUCUCCUGGCUCUUAUUAACAACAUGUUGGAGAUCCGGCUGGAUGCGUGGAAGCUGACAACCCAGUUCAGGCGCAUGGUUCCCCAGAAGGCACAAGACAUUGGUGCCUGGCAGCCCAUCCUGCAGGGCAUAGCCAUUUUGGCCGUGGUCACCAAUGCUAUGAUCAUUGCUUUUACAUCUGACAUGAUUCCUCGUCUGGUUUAUUACUGGUCCUUUUCGGUCCCUCCUUACGGGAGUUACAGCAGUCACACUAUGAAGGGCUAUAUAAACAGCACACUUUCUGUCUUCAAUAUAUCAGACUUCAAGAAUGCAAGCAAGCCUUUUUCCCCUCAGUUUGGGAACUAUACCACAUGCAGAUACCGGGAUCUCCGCUACCCCCCUGGCCACCAGCACCAGUAUGAGCACAACAUUUACUACUGGCAUGUCAUUGCAGCCAAGCUGGCUUUCAUCAUCGUCAUGGAGCAUGUCAUAUACUUUGUGAAGUUUAUUAUUUCAUAUAUAAUUCCGGAUGUAUCACAAAAGACCAAGAGCAAGGUCAAACGAGAGAAGUACCUCACACAGAAACUAUUACAUGAGAAUAAUCUCAAAGGUGUGACAAAAAACAUGGGCAAAAUAGCCGACAAAAUCAUCAAAGGAGCAGACAGCACUUUCCGACCUAAAGAUGAAUAAGUACUUUUUCAUGUGGUAUAACAGUAUUGGACAACUAAUACCUAUUCAGAUAUUACCAAUAGCUAUCAAGCACUUUGGAUUUACUAAACAUGGUUUCUUGCAACUCUUACAUUCUCAUUUUCCAGCUUCCCUCGGACAAAUGCAACCAUUGCAUCGCAGAUAAGAGUUAUAAUUUUUUUAU